AUGCCGGGGGCUGGGGCCCAGGCGGAGGAGAGCUGCGGCGGCGGCGAGGGUGCGGCCCUGGGGGGCGCCGUGGAGCCCGGGGCGGGGCCCGGGCGGGAGCCGGCGCGACUGUGCGGCUACCUGCAGAAGCUGUCGGGCAAGGGCCCGCUGCGUGGCUACCGCAGCCGCUGGUUCGUGUUCGACGCGCGCCGCUGCUACCUCUACUACUUCAAGAGCCCGCAGGACGCGCUGCCCCUUGGCCACCUGGACAUCGCUGACGCCUGCUUCAGCUACCAGGGUCCCGACGAGGCGGCAGAGCCCGGGUCGGAGCCGCCCGCGCACUUCCAGGUGCACAGCGCAGGAGCCGUCACGGUGCUGAAGGCUCCUAAUCGUCAACUCAUGACUUACUGGUUACAGGAGCUUCAACAGAAGAGAUGGGAAUAUUGCAACAAUCUUGACAUAGUAAAGUGGGACAACAGGACCUCCCCAACGCCUGGGGAUUUUUCCAAGGGUCUUGUAGCCAGACAUAACACAGAUUUUAUUUACCCACACCCCAACGCUUCUGCAGAAAAAGCCAGGAAUGUCCUAGCCAUGGAAACAGCCCCUGGAGAGCUGGUGGGAGAACACGCUGCAAGUCAACCAGCCCCAGGGCAUCCAAAUCCCAUUAACUUCUCGUUGAAACAGUGGGGCACUGAGCUCAAAAAUUCAAUGUCAUCUUUUCGCCCAGGACGUGGGCAUAAUGAUAGUCGGAAGAGUAGAUUUUAUACUAGUGAUGAUUGGGAGCUUUUGGACCCAAGCCCUAAGGACCUGGAGGACUCCAUGGUGCAGGAAGAGAGGAAGAAGCAGGCGCCCGAAGGGAACAAAGGACUGACUGGCUCAGGAUUCCCCUUUGAUUUUGGACGUAUUCCCUACAAAGGAAAGCGCCCUUUGAAAGACAUGAUUGGGUCAUACAAACAUCGUCACAGCAGCGGGGACCCUUCACCCGAGGGGCUGUCAUUUGGUGGUGGCAAUGUUAGCAAGCCGGCCUCAGAGAUGCAGCUUCAGGUUCAGAACCAGCAGGAGGAGCUGGAGCGGCUCAAGAAGGACCUGUCUAGUCAGAAGGAGCUCGUGCGGCUGCUCCAGCAGACGGUCCGGUCUUCCCAGUAUGACAAGUAUUUCACGAGCAGCCGACUCUGUGAGGGGGUCCCACAGGACACGCUGGAACUUCUACACCAAAAGGAUGACCAGAUUCUGGGCCUCACUGGCCAGCUUGAAAAAUUCAACCUAGAAAAGGAGAGUUUCCAGCAGGAAGUGAGGACGCUCAAGACCAAAGUGGGUGAGCUCAACGAGCAGCUGGGGAUGCUGAUGGAGACGAUCCAGGCCAAGGACGAGGUCAUCAUCAAGCUCUCAAGACAGCUCAGCGAGUGUGAAGUCAACGUGUCUUCCCCAACCAUGGUGCCCAGCUCACCCUUGGCUGCCCCGGCCAGCCGAGACCAGCUGGAGCUGGACAGGCUGAAAGAUAAUCUGCAGGGAUACAAAACUCAGAACAAAUUUUUAAAUAAGGAGAUUUUGGAACUCUCAGCUCUGCGAAGAAAUGCAGAAAGGAGAGAAAGGGAUCUGAUGGCAAAGUAUUCUAGCCUAGAAGCCAAACUCUGCCAAAUAGAAAGUAAAUACUUGAUAUUGCUUCAAGAAGUGAAGACACCAGUUUGCUCGGAAGAACAAGGACCUGCCCGGGAGGUCAUCGCUCAGUUGCUGGAGGACGCACUGCAGGUUGAGAGCCCGGAGCAUCCAGAGCAAGCGUUUGUUAAACCUCAUCUUGUCAGUGAAUAUGAUAUCUAUGGAUUUAGGACUGUCCCUGAGGACGAUGAGGAAGAGAAGCUGGUAGCCAAAGUCCGUGCGCUGGACCUGAAGACUCUCUACCUCACAGAAAACCAGGACAUCUCCACAGGGGUCAAGUGGGAGAACUACUUUGCGAGCACCAUGAACAGGGAGAUGAUGUGCUCUCCAGAACUGAAAAACCUGAUCCGGGCAGGUAUUCCCCACGAGCAUCGCUCCAAGGUGUGGAAAUGGUGUGUGGACCUACACACGAGGAAGUUCAAGGACAGCACUGAGCCUGGCUACUUCCAGACGUUGCUUCAGAAGGCACUGGAGAAGCAGAACCCAGCCUCCAAGCAGAUUGAGCUGGACUUGCUGCGGACGCUGCCCAACAACAAACAUUACUCCUGCCCCACCUCAGAAGGCAUACAGAAGUUACGCAAUGUCCUCCUGGCCUUCUCCUGGCGGAAUCCUGACAUUGGCUACUGCCAGGGUUUAAACAGAUUGGUGGCAGUGGCCCUCCUGUACCUGGAACAAGAAGAUGCUUUCUGGUGUCUUGUUACCAUAGUGGAAGUUUUCAUGCCUCGAGACUAUUAUACAAAGACCCUUUUAGGAUCUCAGGUGGACCAGCGCGUGUUUAGAGACCUCAUGAGUGAGAAGCUGCCUCGGCUGCACACCCACUUUGAGCAGUAUAAAGUUGACUACACCCUCAUCACGUUCAACUGGUUCCUGGUGGUGUUUGUGGAUAGUGUCGUCAGUGACAUCCUCUUUAAAAUAUGGGACUCUUUCCUUUACGAGGGACCAAAGGUUAUUUUCCGUUUUGCCCUGGCACUUUUUAAAUACAAAGAAGAGGAAAUCCUAAAAUUACAAGACUCGAUGUCCAUCUUCAAGUAUCUCCGUUCCUUCACCCGCACUAUCCUGGAUGCUCGGAAGUUGAUCAGCAUCUCCUUUGGAGACCUGAACCCAUUCCCCCUGCGCCAGAUCCGGAACCGGCGCACCUACCACUUGGAGAAGGUCCGGCUGGAGCUGACGGAGCUGGAGGCCAUCCGAGAGGACUUUCUGCGUGAGCGGGACGCCAGCCCCGACAAGGGCGAGCUGGUCAGCGACGAGGAAGAGGACACCUGA